AUGAAGGCCAUCCGUCGUCGUCUUUGGUGGAUUGGGCGAAAUGCAAGUGUGUUGAAGGGAAUGCUGAAAAUGCGAUCUGUCAGUGCCGGCGAGCAUUCUUGCACACCUCGCCUUCUCCCUAAGCAACCAAGUGCCCACGGGUGCAUCUGCAUGCUUCACGAAUUUCUCAGACAUUCACUUUGUUCACAAACGGCGGUAGAAGGAGGACUCGAACUCGGACAACUGGCGCAUGAACAGAUUGUUCUUUCGCUUGUGUAA